AUGCGCAACACGCUCAUCUUUGCCGGCAACUCGUGCCCAGUUCUCACGGGCCAGAUUUGUGCGAACCUGGGCAUGACGCCUGCCGACGCGGAGCUGACUCAAUUCUCCAAUGGCGAGACCAGCGUCAGGAUCCUGACGAGUGUUCGUGAAAAAGACGUCUUCGUCGUCCAGUCGGGCAGCCCUCGGAUCAACGACUCCAUCAUGGAACUGCUUAUCAUGAUAUCCGCAUGCAAAGGCGGCUCGGCAAACAAAGUAACAGCCGUUCUGCCAUACUUUCCAUAUAGCCGCCAGUCAAAGAAGAAGUCGCACAGGGGUGCGAUAACUGCGCGCAUGCUCGCCAAUUUGUUGGGCGUUGCCGGCGUGAAGCAUGUCAUCACGGUCGAUCUCCACGCUUCGCAGAUGCAGGGCUUUUUCAAGUGUCCCGUGGACAACCUGCAUGCCGAGCCUAUCAUUGCCCAGUGGAUUCGACGUAAUGUUGUCAACUGGCGGGAGGCCGUGGUGGUGUCCAAAAACGCGGGUGGUACGAAGCGAGUGACUUCGCUUGCCGAUGCCCUCAAACUCAACUUUGGCAUGGUCACGACGGACCGGAAGCGCGGGACAAACAUGACUGCAAGCAUGAUCAUGAGCCACCUGGAUGCCGUCGAGCAGAAGCCCGUGAUCGAGCGACCCGUCGACAGCACCACAGCCGACUCGGGCCGAAUGAUGAGGGAGCGGACAGAAGGGCGGGAAGCCAGCCCGCCGCCGCCGAAGACGAGAACCAUUGCGGACGCCACUGGCUCGCCAACGCGGCGCGCCGAGGGCUCCUUGAGGACGUCAAGCAAAUCAUCAGCCGCGGCCGAGUCGGAUGCGACGCCGCCGCGGCGAUCUCCCGAUGUGCCGGCAUCCAGCGAUCAAGAUUAUGACGAUCGCCGAGCACAAGAGGUCAUUCAUGGUCGGCUCGUGCAAGGCCGCAUUGUCGAAGAUGAUUUUCCCUCUCCUGCCAGGUCAACGACCGACAACAGCAUCCCAGACGACGACCCUAUGGCCAUGUCUCACGCUUCGUCAUUCUUUGUGCCUGAGCGGCAGUCGCUCGGGGGAGGUGGAGAUCCAGCUGCCAGCUCCGACGAGGAGGACAACGCCUUUCAGAACCCAAAGGCGGAGCACAUGAUUACUCUCGUGGGCAACGUGCGAAACCGGACAGUCUUUAUAGUCGAUGAUAUGAUCGACAAGCCUGGUUCUUGGAUCGCCGCGGCCGAAACGGUUGUGAAAAAGGGCUUGGCCAAGAAGGUGUACUGCAUUGCGACUCACGGCGUCUUUGGAGGAGACUGCCUGGAGCAACUGCAGGCAUGCGAGUGCAUUGACACCAUCGUCGUUACCAACAGCUUCCCCAUCAACCAGGACAAGGCGAAGAACAUCAGCAAGCUGGUGAUCCUUGACCUCUCCUUUCUCCUGGCCGAGGCCAUCCGCCGCAACCAUUAUGGCGAGUCUAUAUCCCCGCUGUUUCAGCACACAGGAGACUAA